AUGGGGAGGAACCGGCAGAUCCCGUACUGCAAUCUCCUCGCGAUCCUCCUACUCGCCGUACCGCUCGCGAACGCCACCCUGGACCAAGCCGCGCUGCUGAGGCAGUUCAUCGCGUCCCGGUCCCGGGCCCAGAGCCUUGACCUUGAAGGCCCUGCCGAGACGGACCCUUGGGCUGACCCGGCAAGCAGCUUCGGCCACCUGCCCACGGACUGCAAGAACCCCAAGGGCAGCAAGGAGGCGGACAGGAUCACGGCGCUGCCGGGGCAGCCGCCGCGCGUCAACUUCGAGCAGUACGCCGGGUACGUGACCGUGGACGAGGAGCACGACCGCAGCUCUUCUACUACUUCGUCGAGUCCCCCUACGACGCCGCCUCCAAGCCCCUCGUCCUCUGGCUCAACGGAGGUAUAUAUCGAUCUCAAUGGCGUUCGGCGUUCGUUCUGGUUGGGAGCCAUGUAA